UGACGCGGGGCCCUCACGUGACCUGGAGCUGCAGAGCGACGCAGCCUUCGGUGCAGUCGUCACUCGCGUCUGGGUACCGGUUCCCCGCUGUCCUGCGCCUGGCGGGCUGGCACUGGGCCCGAGGAAAGCGGAGCAGUAGUUCCGUGUGGCACUGUUUGUGGCGAGGCAAGGGAAGAAGGAGAGAAGAAAACUGCACGGGAUCUGUGGAGAUUCCCCCGCCUGUCUGAGCACCUUGGUGAAGGAACUGAUGGAUUUUUGGGAGAAACCUUAGAAUCCUACAGGUCUUCUCCCAUAGACCUACAGUAGGGCUGGAAGCCAGGGAAAGGGGGAGACUGGCCUGGAACCAUGAAGGUUUGUGUGAAGGUGGGCAGCACCUGGGGAUAACAAGAAGAUCUUCCUGCAGGUCUGCUGUAGGGGGGCUUGAGAUUACUGGAAGCAAAGAAACAAGGAGGAAAUUACCCCUGAUCAGUAUAGACUGGUCCACAGAUCUCAUGAGUUAAUAGAUCUACUUUAGGGUAUAUCACCAAUCAAGAGAAGGAAAGAGGAGGGAACUGCCUUGAUCAUUACAGGUCCACCUCCAGUGGCAGCUGUAGUGGCCUUUAAGUGGCUGAAGACCAGCGCCCUCACAGGCCUACACCCAGACCUACUACCCUCUUUCCCCAUCCUGAUUGAGCCCCCUGUGCCUUGUUCGUGACUUUACUAGGGGUGAUUACAUGGGCCGCGUUCAGGAAGUGUGCUGGGUGACUGCAGGACUGGUGGUUUGGGCUGGUACCUGCUACUACCUUUACAGAUUAACCAAAGGAAGAGUCCAGAGUGUGAGGACACUUGCCAAAAAUGGGUCCAGGGUCAAGAUGGGGACCGUGGUUGGGGUGCAGAACCAGACCCUGGCCACAGGUAAAGCCAUGGGUGGGACAGAGGCUGAGACUAGACCCAAGGCCACAUCUGGAGCAGAAGCUGAAACAGGAGGGAGGGCUGGGGCUGAAGUAGAGAUUACCACCACUGCUAAAGCUAGACCCAAAGCCAGCUCUCAGGCCAUGACAAUGGCUGAGGCAGAGGCAGAGAUACAAUCUGAGGCCAAAAUAGUGGCCAGAAAAGUGGGCAUGACAGAGGUAGUGACUUUGACUGAAGCCCAGGUCAAAGCUGGGGAAGUAGCUAUGAAAGAAGCCGUGACCCAAACUGACUCUGAGGCUGGGAGAGUAGUCAGGAGAGAGGCUGUGACCCAGACCAAGGCUAAAGUUUGGCCACUGGCUGCCAGGGCAGAGACCAAGAAAGAAGUAAUGACCCAGACCAAAGUGGAAGCUCAUAUACUGGCUGAAAAAGAGACGAACAGAGUGACAGUGACCCAGAGUGAGGCCUUAGGAGUGACCAGGGAGGUGGCCAAGAUGGGUGCCAUAAGUAAGACUGGAAUUGUGGCUGAGACCAAGACAAGAGCCCCGGAAGAGACUGUGAGUGUGGCCAAGAGUCAGCCUGAGGCCAGGCCUGGUAACACAGUUGAUGCUAAGGGAAAUCCUAAUGUCUCAUCCAGGGCAGAAGUUGGAGCAGACAUGAGGUCCUGUACACCAUCUCAGGCUGUAACCAAGAGCCAGGUCAACAAUGUGCCUGGUGCUGGGGUUGAGGUCAAGGGGAAACACAAAACCGUGUCUCGGGCAGAGUCUAGGACAGACACGAGGGCUUCUGUCCAGCCUCAGAUUAUAGCCAAGACCCAGGCUGAGGCUACGCUUGGGGCAAAGGUUGAUGCUGGGGCUAAUACCAAUGCCCUGUGUAAGGCAGGGGCAGGGGCAGAUAUGAGAGUUCCUAUGCAACCUCAGACUGUGGCCAAGAAACAGAUCGAGACAGUGUUUGGUGCCAGGGUUGAUGACAGGGGAAAUACUGAUGUCACAUCUAAGGCAAUGGCUGGAGCUGACAUGAGGGCUGCUGCUCACCCUCAAGCUAUAGUCAGUGCUCAGACUGAGGCUACGCUGGACACCAAGCUUAAAGGUAGAGGCAACUCCAGUGCUCUGUCUAAAACAGGGGCCAGGGCAAACCUGAGGGCCAGUUCCCAGGCUGAGGCCUUGCCUGAUGCCAGGGUUAAGACCAGAGACAAUCCCAAUGCCAUGUCUAAGAUGGGGGCUGGGACAGACAUGGAGCUCUAUACACAGCCUCAGCCUGGGGCCAAUGUCCAGGCUGAUGCCUUGCCUGAUAUCAGGAUUAAGGCUAAAGGCAAUGCCAACACCAUGUCUAAGGAGGCGGCUGGGACAGACACAAAGGCACAGUCUCAGGCUUCCACCAAGAGCCAGGUUGAGACCUUACCUGGUACUAGAGGUAAGACAAGGGGAAAAGGCAAAAGCAAGCGUAAAGCAGGAGUCGGGAUAGAAAUGAAAACCAGCGUGCAGCCUCAGGUUGGGCCCAAGACCCAAGCUGAUGAUUUACCCGAUUCCAGGGUUGAUGGCAGGGGUGAUCCUAAUGCUAUUUCUAGGUCAGGGGCUAAAGCAGAACUGAGGGCCUGUGGGCAGCCUCAGACUAUGGCCAGUUCCCAGGGUGAGGCCUUGCCUGGUGCCAAGAAUAAGGUCAGGGGCAAUUCCAAUACUAUGUCUAAGUCAGGAGCUGGACCAGAUACAAUGGGCUCUGCCCAGAAUCAUGCUGUGGCCACUUUUCAGGAUGAAACGUCACCUAAAACUAAGAAUAAAGUCAAGGGCAAUCCCAAUGCUAUGUCUGAGGUAGGGCCUGGGCCAGAUUCAAUAUGUUCUGUCCAGCCUGAAACAGAUACAGCAGGCUCUGCUCAGCCCCAGACUAAGGCCAGUUCCCAGGGUGAGGCCUUGUCUGGACCUAAGAAUAAGGUCAGGGGCAAUCCCAAUGCUGUGUCUAAGGCAGGGACUGGGCCAGAUACAUUGGCCUCUGGACAGCUCCAGGCUGUGGCCAGUCCUCAGGGUGAAGCCUUGUCUGGUAAUAAGAACAAAGUCAGGGGCAAUCCCAAUGUUGUGUCUAAGGCAGGGACUGAGUCAGAUACGAUGUGCUCUGCCCAGGAUGAAACAGAUACAAUAGGCUCUGCCCAGCCCCAGGCUGUGGCCAGUUUCCACGGUGAAGCCUUGCCUGGUACUAAGAACAAGGUCAGAGGCACGUCCAAUGCCAUCUCUAAGACAGGGGCUGGGCCAGAUACAUUGUGCUCUACCCAGCUCCAGGCUAUGGCCAAUGCCCAGGGUGAAGCCUUGCGUGGUACCAAGAAUAAGAUCAGAGACAAAUCCAAUUCUUUGUCUAAGGCAGGGGCUGGGCCAGAUACAGUUGGCUCUGCCCAACUCCAGGCUGUGGCCAAUGCCCAGGGUGAAGUCUUGUCUGGUACUAAGAAUAAGGUCAGGGGCAAUCCCAGUGCUGUGUCUAAGGCAGAGGCCAGGGCAGAUGCAAUGGGCACUGACCAGCCUCAAACAGAUACAACAGGGUCUGCCCAGACCCUGGAUAUGGCCAAUUCCCAAGGGGAAUCCUUGCCUAGCAUCAAGAAUAAAGUUAAGGGUAAAUCCAGUGCUGUGUCUAAAACAGGGGCUGGACUAGAUACAGUGAACUCUGUCCAGCCUCAGGCUGUGGCCAGUUCUCAAGGUGAAGUCCUGCCUGGGACUAAGAACAAGGUCAAGGGAAAUUCCAGUGCUGUGUCUAAGAUAGGGGCUGGGCCAGCUACAGUGGGAUCUGCCCAGCUCCAGGCUGUGGCGAAUGCCCAGGGUGAGGCCUUGCCUGGUGUCAAGAAAAAGGUCAAGGGCAACCCCAGUGCUUUGUCUAAAGCAGGAAUUGGGCCAGAUUUAGCAGGUUCUGCCCAACCUCAGGUUGUGGCCAAUUCCCAGGGUGAAGUCUUGCCUGGGACUAAGAACAAGGUCAGGGGAAAUUCCAAUAUUGCGUCUAAGACAGGGGCUGGCCCAAGUACAGUGGGCUCUGCCCAGCUCCAGGCUGUGGCCACUUCCCAGUGUGAAGCCUUGCCUGGUGUGAAGAAUCCUAAUGCUGUGUCUAGGGUAGAGGGCAGAGCAGAUACAACAAGCUUUGCCAAGCUUCAGGAUGAGUCCAAGGGUGAAGCCUUGCCUGGUGCCAGGAGUAAGUUUCCAUGUAAUCUUAGUGCUUUGUCUAAAGCAGAUACUGGGCCAGAUACGGUGGGCUCUGUGCAGCCGCAAGAUGUGACCAGUUCUCAGGGUGAAGACUCAUCUGGUACUAAGAAUAAGGUCAAGGGCAAUCCCAGUGCUGUGUGUAAGGGAGAGACCAGGGCAGAUGCAGUGGGUUCUGCCGAGCUCCAAGUUGUGACCAGUUCCCAGGGUGAAGCCUUGUCUGGUAAUAAGAGUAAGGUCAAGGGCAAUUCCAAAGUUCUAUCUAAGGCAGAGGCCAGGGCAGAUAUGACGAGCUCUGCUUGGCCUCAGGCUGUGGCCACUUCCCAGGGUGAAGUUUUUUCUGGUACUAAGAAUGUCCGCGGCAAUCCCAAUGCUGUGUCGAAGGCAGAGGUUGGGGCAGAUACAGUGGGCCCUGCCCAGCCUCAAACAGAUACAAUAGGCUCCCCCCAGCCCCUGGCUGUGGCCAAUUCCCAGGGUGAAGUCUUAACUGGCACUAAGAAUAAGGUCUGGGGCACUCUCAGUGCUGCAUCUAAAACAGGGAUUGGGCCAGAUACAGUGGGUUUUGCCCAGCCCCAGGCUGUGGCCAGUUCCCAGAGUGAAGCCUUGCCUAGUGUCAAGAAUAAGGUCAGAAGCAAUCCCAAUGCUGUGUCUAAGGUAGAGGCCAGAACAGAUACAACAAGUUUUGCCCAGCCUCAUGCUGUGUCUAAUUCCCAAGGUGAAACUUUGUCUGCUGCCAGGAGUAAGGUCCAGGGCAAUCCCAGUGCUAUGUCUAAGGCAGGCACUGGGCCAGAUAUAAUGUGUUCAGCUCAGCCUCAAACAGAUAAAACAGGCACUGCCCAACCCCAGGCCAUGUCUAAUUCCCAAGGUGAAAACUUGCUUGGUGCCAGAAAUAAGAUCAGGGACAAUCUCAAUGUGGUAUUUAAGGCAAGGGAUAGGCAAGAUACAGUAGGUUCUCUUUCACCCCAGGCCAUGGCCAUUUCUCAGGGUGAGGCCCUCCUUGGCGCCAGAAGUAAGGUCAGGGAAAAUACCAAUGCUGAGUCUAGGGUGGAGGCUGGGGCACAUAUGAUGGGCUCUGGCCAGCCUCAGUCUGCAGCGCAUUUCCAGAGUAAGAUCUUGCCUGAGACAAGGGACAAGGCUAUACCCAAGUCUGAGGCAGAAGCCACAGGAGAUGAGGGUUAUGCAAAGCCCAAGUCUGAGGCCAUGCUCGCUUCUGAGAGUGGGAGUGGGACAGGUACUCAGACCUGCAGUACGACUCGGCCUAGGGUCCAUGACUAUUACUGGAAUGGGAUUGGUAUUGAGGAUUGGAUUGCUUCUGAGCGAUGGAUCAAAUUUAGGUUUCAGGCCAGGGAUGGAUACUGGGAGAAUAGUGUGUCCUGGGCUGAUGAUGAGAAUGAAGCCAGUAUUGAGUCCUGGAGUGGAGCUAGUCCUAAGUCUGAUAUUAGGUCCUGGGCUGGAGCUAAGGCUGAGAAUGAAGUUGGUUUUCCAUCCUGGGCUGCAGCUGGGGACCAGGCCUGUGGGGGGCUCUGGGGUGGGAGUCAGGCCAGUGGGGGUUCUUUGUCAGAGGCUGGGGACAUGGCCAUUGGAGCAUCCUGGAUUGGGGCUGAGAACCAGGCCAGUGGGGGUUUUUGGGCUAGCACUGGGAACCAGGCUAUUGGGGGGUCCUGGGCUGGAGGUCAGGCCAGUAGGGUGUCCUGGGCUGGGGAAGAUGCCAUUGGAGGGUCCUGGACUGGAGCUGAGGAACAGGCCAGUGGAAGGUCCCAGGAUGGUGCUGGAAUUCAAGCUAAUGGAGGGUCCUGGGCUGAAGCUAAAGCUGGGGAUGUGGCUAAUAUUGGGUAUUGGCCUGGGGAUAUGGACCAGGCUAGUGGAGGGUACUGGGUUGGGAUUGGUGGUCUGUCUGGUGGAUCCAAGCCUAGAUUUGAGGAUCAGGCCAGUGAAAAUGUGACCUGGGCUGACACUGCAGACCAAGCUAGAGGAGGCUCCAGGCUGAGACCUACGGACCAGUCGGGUGGUGAGUCCUGGGCUAGGGCUGGGGAACAGGCCAGCAAAGGUUUUAAACCAGGGUUUGUGGACCAGUCUAGUGUUGGGUCCUGGACUAGCAUUGGGAAUCAGGCCAGUGGAGGAUUCUUGGUUGGGACUAUGGAGCAGGCCAGUGAUGAUGGUUCCUGGGCUGGGACUAGUGAUCAGUCUGGUGGUGAGUCCAAGCCAAGAUUUGAGGAUCUGGCAAAUGUAGAAGCAUCUUUAGCUAGGGUUGGUGGCCAGGCUGAUGGAGGGCCUAGGUUGGGGCCUGAGGACCAGUCCAGUGGAAGGUCCUGGGGUGACUCUGGGGACCAAGCCAGUGGAGGGUUCUUGGUUGGGGCCAUGGACCUGGCCAAUGGAGGGACCUGGGCUGUACCUGGGGAUCAGGCUGGUGGUGGGACAAAACCUAGAUUUGAAGAGCAGGCAAGUGGAAGAGGGUCUUGGGCUGACAAUGGGGGUCAGGCUGGUGGAGGGUCUAGGCUGAGUCCCAGGGACCAGUCCAUUGCAGAUUCCUGGGCUGGCACUGGGGACCAGGCCAGUGAAGAAUGUAGAUCAGGGCCUGAGGACCAGUCCAGUGGAUGGUUCUGUGCUUGCAGUGAGAGUCAGUCUAAUGCAAGUGGGUCCUGGGGUGGGUCUGGUGGCCAGGCUAUUGGAGGAUCUAGACUAGGGCCCAUGGUCCCAUCCAGUGGUGGGUCCUGGGCUGAUACUGGAAGUUGGGUCAGUGGAAGGUCUUGGGGAGGGACUGGAGAUCAAGCUAGUAGCUGUCCCAAACCUGGAUUUGAGGAUCAAACCAGUAAAGGAAGGUUCUGGUUUGGUGUUGAAGACCAGGUUGUUGGAGGGUCUAAUCCAGGGCCUGCAAACCAGUCUAGUGGUGGGUCCUGGACUGGCACUGGGAGUCAGGUCAGUGGAAGGCCUUGGGCUGGGGCUGGGAUUCAGGCCGAUAGCUGUUCCAAACCUGGAUUUGAGGACCCAGCAGGUAGAGAAGGCUCCCAGGCUGGCAUUGGGGACCAGGCUAGUGGAAAAUUGUGGGCUGGGUCUAGGCCUCAUAAUGAAGCCUGUAAAAGAUCUAGGUUGGGGCUUGAGGACCAGGCAAGUGGAGGGACCCGGGCUAGGGCUGGUGACCAGCCCAGUGGAAGACCCCAGAUCAGUGCUGAGAUGGAGGCCAACGAAAGAUCCUGGUUUAGGACAGGGGGUGAGACUAGUACAGGGUCUUGCUUCAGGAGAGGGGAAGAGGCUGGUAUUGUAUCCAAACCUGGAGAUAAAAAUGAAGCCAAUAUUGAAUCCCGAUCAGGGGCUAAAGAAGAGGUCAUCCUUAGUUCCAGAUUUGGCGCUGAGGAUAAGGCCAGUAUUGGGUCCUGGAUCAGCUCUGAAGAGGCAGCCUGUAUGGAUUCCUUUGUGGGGGCUGAGGCUGGGGCUGAGGCAGAGGUCAGGAAGGAGUCUUGGCUCUGGGAUGGAGAUGCAGCCACUACAGGCUCUAGGCUUGGGGCUGAGGAAGAGGCUUGCAUGGAGUCGUGGAUUUUGGCUGAGGAUGUAGAUGAGGAUGAGCUAAGUAGAGCGUCUAGCCCUGAUAUUGAGGAAAUCAGUUUAAGGUCCUUGUUUUGGGCUGACAAUGAGAGGAGUAAUGAGUUCAGACCCAAGAGGAAGAGAAAUGUCAAUUUUGAGUGUGGAGCUGGAGAUAAGGCCAAUGCCAAGGGUAAGCUUGAGGCACCAACUGCUGGUGGAGUUGAUGAAAGGUCUUGGUUCUGGGAUGGUAAUGAAAACAGUAGUGAGGACAAAUCUGCACCUAAGACUAAAGCCAAAAAGUCAGCUGAGUCAAGAGGCACAUAUCCAUCCAUGGUCCCUGGUGCAGGAAUGGGGUCAUGGGCAGGAGCCAUGAUCUGGACAGAAAUGGAAUUUCCAUACCAAAAUAAGUCCAGCUUUCCACCUGAGGAUGAGCUCAGAAAGCAGAUCAGGUAUGAGGAGAAAACUCAGCCCUGGACCUGUCGCUGUAAACGCGAAGCAAAUAUGGAUCCACGAGAGCUUGAAAAACUCAUUUGCAUGAUUGAGAUGACUGAAGAUCCUUCUAUUCAUGAAAUAGCUAAUAAUGCUCUUUAUAACAGUCCUGAAUAUCCCUUUUCCCAUGAAGUCAUUCGUAAUGCAGGUAGAAUCUCAAUUAUUGAAAGUUUGCUCAAUAAUCCCUAUCCCAGUGUUAGGCAGAAGGCUUUAAAUGCACUGAAUAACAUCUCAGUGGCUGCUGAAAAUCAUAGGAAGGUGAAAACAUACUUAAACCAAGUUUGUGAAGACACAGUCACCUAUCCCUUGAAUUCAAAUGUACAGCUGGCUGGACUAAGACUGAUAAAGCAUUUGACUAUUAUUAGUGAAUAUCAGCAUAUGGUUACAAAUUAUAUUUCAGAAUUUCUUCGUUUGUUAACUGUGGGAAGUGGAGAAACAAAAGACCAUAUUUUGGGAAUGCUUUUGAAUUUCUCUAAAAAUCCGUCUAUGACAAAAGACUUACUCAUUGCCAAUGCACCAACAUCACUGAUUAAUAUCUUUAGCAAGAAAGAGACAAAAGAGAAUAUUCUUAAUGCUCUUUCACUAUUUGAAAAUAUAAAUUACCAUUUUAAAAGAAGGGCAAAAGUAUUUACCCAGGACAAGUUCAGUAAAAAUUCCCUUUACUUCAUAUUCCAACGACCUAAAGCUUGUGCCAAGAAGCUCCGAGUCUUAGCAGCAGAGUACAGUGACCCUGAGGUGAAAGAAAGAGUUGAGCUAUUAUUAAGUAAACUCUGAUUAAUUGUAUGUUCCCAAACAAAUCUGAGUAAUAUUUUGGUUUUGCGGUCUGGAAGUAAUGCACAUUGUAAAUUGCAUUACAACUUUGAAACUGAUAUUACUUGUGAUGGUCUGUAGCUGGAUCACUUUAUGGACAUGAAAUGUACUGAAAAUACAUGUGUUGACUAUUACCUUGUCUGGAUUGAGAUAUUUUUAGUAUGCUUCAUGAGCAGAAACUGACCUGAUUCUUCAUGAGUAAGGUAAUUUUUGGUCCUUUGUGUGGACUUGUGUUUCUACAUUUGAGACUAUUUUUAUGUUAUCAAUAAAGUUGUGUGUUUUAAGCAGAAAAAAAGAGA